AAGCAGGGGAAUGAGGAACAACAAAGUGAUAAAAUGAAAGACGUGGGAGGGAGGAACCGAGCGAGAGGGGUAUAAAACACCUCUCACCCCUGUCUUCCUCACUCCUUCUUUCCGUCACUCAAGUGCCUCUUUCUUGGAACUCGUCGCAGUCUGCCACCAUGUCCUGCCGUGAUCCUUCUCAACUCCAGGCAGCCAUGGGCAUGCUCAUUACAACCUUCCACAAAUACUCCGGAAAGGAAGGCGACAAGUUAACCCUCAGCAAGGGUGAACUGAAGGAUCUCUUUGAAAAUGAGUUGGGGGGAAUGUUAGGGAACACCAAGGAUAAGAACGCAGUGGACAAGAUAUUUAAGGAUCUGGAUGCCAAUGCGGAUGGGACAGUGGACUUCCAGGAGUACGUCACUCUGGUUGCCUGCCUCACCAUGGUAUGCAACGAUUUCUUCACUAAGAAAUAGACCACAGAGGAUCGACAGACAAAAGACCUAUAUGAAAUCUGGAAACAUGCAUAAACUUGUUUUUCCAAAGAAAGUUUGCUACAGUUAUUAAACUGUUUUGAUAUGUUUUAAACAAAA